GUCCCAUCCAUCAAUCCCCAGCCACCGCCGCUCCUCAUUUUCAGAUCCACCCCAACCAGCAGCCUCCACCUCUUUCUCCAGAUCCAGCAAGUCAACCCUCCUCUGAAUCGUCGGAUCUGUGAUCCAACGGAUCCUGCGCGGCUCCCGUAACCCAUAGCUCCACCCAUCGGCCGCAACCUCCUCGAUCCAGCUCCUCGAUCCAAUCUGGAUCGGGAGGGAGUCCCUAGCGCCGCUCGUCCCAGCCGCCCUUUGUCUCGCCAGAGCACUGCCGCCGGCGCCCGCAGGAGCUUGCCAUCAAAGAUGAGCACCACCAGGCCCGGAUUCCCCGCUGCUUUCUCUCCCUCUCUCUGUAUUAUCUCUCUCGCCUCACUUCUCUCUCUCUCACAGGACCACGCCGGCGACAAGGCCAGCCGCCCUCGUCUCUGGACCCGCUCCCGAGUUUUGCCUCGUUUCCCAGCCGUCGUCGCUCCUAACCCGCUGCCGCCCCGUUCUUCUGCGAGCGGUGCCCGUGCUGCCGCAGCAGCGCCACCAUGGACGCCAAGCCGCCGCCUGCCUCCACAUCGACCGAGCGCUCGCGUUGUCCAUGCCGUAGCUCAUCGGAGCACAUCCCCGACGCCAGUCCUCGUCCGCAGCACCCUGACGCCACCGGCCUCCUCUGCUUCGAACAACGUCCUUCGGUCGAGCGCCGGGACGAACGGUAGCAGCUCCAGCCUCGCCUCGGUCCUCCUUGACCUCUUUUGCAUCGGAUCCAAGCCCCUCAUCCAUUCACUCAUCGCCGGAGGUCGCCGCCAUGCCCUGUAUCUCGCAUCGCCAGCCGUCGUCCCCUGCUUCAUGAACGAGACGGCCAGCGCCACGCCCUCGUUGACUAGGUCCAGCGCCAGCAGGCCCAGUUCCCCCACCGAGCUGGCCCAAGUGCCAUGCUUCGAUUUCGCUCUGGAAUUGCGAGGAUUCGUUCGACUACAUCCGUUUGUCUUCUUCAUGGACUCGUUCUUCUUCCUUGCGGGAUCUCAGUCAAGAUGACCAUUACCCUCGAUAUCACUUCUAUCUUUGUUUGCUAGUUGUUUGUUCUAUCGCUAUGUCACGCUACCUACCACUUGUUAUAUCAUGCCUCUUAUAUUGUCAUGUCGAGCCUUUAACCCACCUUCCUAGCAAAUCUUGUUUGGCUAAGUUACCGCUUUUGCUCAGCCCCUCUUAUAGCGUUGCUAGUUGUAGGUGUUUCGCAGAUUGCUUCAUGUUGGAACAUUUUUAUGUUGGGAUACCACUAUAUCUAUUGUUUAAUUAUUGCAUCUA